UGCCCAUCUGCCUUGGGGGGUGUGGGACCGGGUCCCCCCAAAUAGCUAGACCCCAGCCAUGGCCACCCAGCAGGUGGAGAGCAGGGGAGCAGUGCCCGGUGAGCUGUUAGAACGGAGAAGAGGCAGCCGCCGCGAGGACAAGAAGCAGACGCUGCUGGUGUUGCUGGUGCUGAUGCUGUACCUGGGUGCAGGGAUGUCAGGAAGAAGUUGGGAGGUGUCAGAAAGUAUCCGAGAGUGUCACUUCCCCCAGAGCCCCAUGGCCCCUCAGGGAGCAGAACCCCCGACCAGAGAGCCGCCGGUCAGGCCGGUGAGGGCCCUGAGGACCUGGCUGAAGGACAGUCUGGGCGUGUUCCUGGGCAGGCUGGAGAGGGAGCUGCAGGUGUUGGAGCACUGCCUGCGUGAGCUGGAGGACUGGCUGGACGCCCUGCUGGGUGAAGGCUGCCCGGAGGUGGCCUGCUUCCCCUUCAGGGGUCACACGUGAGGGCCUCGGGAGGACAUGGGGAGCAGGGGGCCAAGACACUCGGCAUUCAAGACCGAGGAGAAAAAGUAAAGAGUUGGGAGCUGGCAA